AUGGCAUACUUGCUGACAUUCGCCGUUAUUGCCGCUUUGUUCUUGGCUAGCGUCUUGCUAUAUCGAUAUGGAAAUAUACAACGUCAACACAUCCUUGUAACACUCUCCGUGUUGACGGCCUGGUGUUUUUCUUUUCUGAUUGUUUUUACCAUUCCUUUGGAUGUGACGUCAACUCUUUACCGGCAAUGCCUAGAGGAGCACAAGCCAAUUUCCAAUGGCAGUGUCACCAUAAAUAUAUCAUCAACAACAGACACAUUACGACCCCAGGAAUGUCAAGAGCCGUGGGGCAUGGUGCCUGAGUCAGUGUUCCCCAAUUUGUGGCGUAUCAUCUACUGGAGCUCACAGUUUCUAACGUGGCUAAUAAUGCCACUAAUGCAGUCGUAUCUUAAAGCCGGCGAUUUUACCAUAAAGGGCAAACUGAAAUCGGCCCUAAUUGAGAAUGCCAUCUACUAUGGAUCCUAUUUAUUCAUCUGCGGUGUCCUGCUCAUCUAUAUUUCCGUCAAGGGCGUCUCCCUUGAUUGGCAGAAACUAAAGGCGAUUGCUUCAUCGGCUUCAAAUACAUGGGGCCUCUUUUUACUUAUACUCCUUUUGGGCUAUGCACUCGUGGAAGUGCCUCGAUCUCUUUGGAAUAACGCCAAACCGGGAUUUGCGCUGCAAUAUGCUUAUUUCAAGGCUGCCAAACUUAGCACGGACAAGGCGGAGGCGGAGGAGCAUGUCGACGAUGUGCUUGAGUCUCUGCAAUGCAUCAGUCGAGCAGUGCCUAACAAUCACGAGUUGCGAUCGUGCGUCGAGACCAUAUUGCGCAAGGUACCUAUUGAGCUGCAUGAGCGGGCCAGUCGCAAUUUCUCGAGAAGCUGCGGCAACGGCAUGGGUAGCUUCGGUGGCACCAGUUCUACCAUUGUGCCCUCGGAGAAAGCGCUUGUACGCAUACAUAAACAGGUGAUCAAAUCGUUGCAGACUUUGCAACGCACUGAGGCACUUUGGAGCGUUCAAGUGAAGACGGUGCUACACUUGGAAGACGUUGCACACAACAUGCAUUCAGCUGAGCGUUAUUUCAAAACUGAGUUUCCAUGCAAGCGGUCGCAGCUGGAAAGAAUCUUGUUUAGCGGCUCUGUUCAAUGGUAUUGGGAGUGUGUUUUUAAGGCUCCAUUCCUUAAGGCGCUCUGCGUGCUCUCGGCUACCAUGUCAUCGAUGGUCGUGUGGAGCGAACUCACUUUCUUCAGUCGCCAUCCGGUCCUCUCGAUAUUUGCCAAUGUGAUCAAUGUGGCCAAGGGAACUUAUGAUUUUUUCACAAUUGAAGUCUUUUCUAUGGGUGUGCUGUGCUACUUCUUCUACUGCACCUAUUCUACAAUUCUUAGGAUACGCUUUCUUAAUAUUUAUUACCUGGCACCCCAUCACCAGACGAAUGAGCAUAGCUUAAUCUUUAGUGGCAUGCUUCUCUGUCGUCUAACACCACCAAUGUGUCUCAAUUUUCUUGGUCUUAUUCAUAUGGAUUCUCACAUCAUAAAAAAGCGCAUUAUGGAAACGUAUUAUACGCAAAUUAUGGGUCACAUGGACGUAAUCGGCAUCAUUUCGAAUGGCUUCAAUAUAUACUUUCCUAUGUGCAUGCUGGCAUUUUGCCUGGCCACCUGGUUUAGUCUAGGUAGUCGGGCUUUGAAUGCCUUGGGUUUCCAACAGUUUCUGCAGCACGAAACGAUUGCAACCGAGCUAGUGCAGGAGGGAAAGGAUUUGAUAGCUCGCGAAAAGCGCCGUCGACAGCGAACCGAAGAAGCAAUGGCCAGAAGACGCGCCGACACUAUGCCAAGUCAUGAAUACCUUAGUAAAUAUCGUGGAGUAGGCGGUGGCGUCAAUCAGUUAAUUGGUGAAUAUCGAACACCAGCAGAUGGUUUAUUGCGGGAUGGCGACGCUAGUGUUGACUACGCUGCAGUAGCUUCCUCUUCAGCGCUUGGAGUACCUCGCUCAUUGUCGGAGGAAAUUAAUGAUAGAUUUGGCGUUAGCACUCAAAUGCAGAUUGGAUUUCGAAGCACUAACGAUCGAAAUGAAACAGAGAAUGUCGGAAUGCCGCCUCGUGGGCUUUUUGAUGAUGUUUAAUGCGUAAUGCGAUGAAAUUGAAAUGCGUACAAUUUGUAAUUUAUUUAAAUAUAAUUUAAUUUCUGUUUCUACUUACACCCAAAUAUUGUAAACAUUUCUAUAAUUAACCACAAUAAAGUUAAAUUUAGUUUUACCAAUAAAAUAGAUCCCUUAGUUAAAUGACUUGCAUGAAACUGUAUUUAUGAGUAUGGAUGCAGUUGUGACGCACCAAACAGGGAGAUUAAUAAUACUUAUGUAUAUGGAACACAAUAUCAAUAACGUUGAUUGUAACCAGUCUAUCGGUAGUUGGCAUCUUCAUCUAUUUCAUCAGGAUUGCGCGUUUUCAGUCUUAAUAUGCGAUUGUAA